AUGCAUUACCUGCUCAUGUUCAGAUUAUUCUGGCUGACAAUAUUGACUGUAUGCAGUUUGGGCGCUCUCGUAAUUCUGCGGUCAGCACUGAGCCUAUAUUCAGAGGACGCGGUAUCAUUUUCAGUGGAAACUAAUUAUCUAGAUUGGGACACGCCGUUCCCAACUCUCACUGUAUGCGAGUCCCCGAGCACGGAGCGUAUUAAAGCUUACCUUGUUGCGAACAAGCUACCGAUAUCAUUGACGAAUUUCUACAAAGAGGUGGUUUAUUGGAAUGCCAAAUACUGCAAGCAUUGCAGCAUUUACAAGCCUAAUGUGACCUCUGUACAGGAGUUUGAAGAAUCGGUUCGUCAAAUACGACUCAAGUGUAACCAGAUACUGACUGAUUGCUGGUGGGAUGGGAAACCCUUUCGUUGUUGUGACAGGUUUGCAGCAGUAGACACGGAGUACGGAGUAUGUUACAGUUUUAAUUCCGGUCUCACGGGGAAUGAUUCCAGUACAAUAACAGUCAAUCGUCGCGUUGGAUUGCCGACCCUUGUGUUCACUGCUAUUGAAUCUAUUUGGAUUCGUGUACACGGACCAGAUGACGUGGUGUCAGUGAUGAUGGAUAAUGCGCUCGGAUCCUCGGCCUCGAUUCCGCUAGUUACUGAUGUAGAAGUUAUUUUAAAGGCUGAACAAACCGUGAGUGACGUGUCAGUUAUAGCACUGGAUCCUGAUGUUCGUGGCUGUCUAUUCAAGCACGAACGCCCGAAUUUCGCCGACAAGUGGCCCUUCAAGAAGUAUUCAUAUAGCGCUUGCGUACUGUACUGCCGGGCUAUGGCUCAGUAUGAAUUCUGCAACUGCGCAUAUCAUGUCAUGCCCAAGAUAGGUGAUGUUCCGGUUUGUGGCAUACAAGGAUUGGUGUGUCUCAACAAAAAUAAAGAAUCACUGGAAAACCCAACUUGCAGCUGUCCGAUGGGAUGCGAAGAAAUACUCUAUAAACUGGUGCACAAAUUCUUUGUACGACACAGCGCCAGUGGUGAACUAGCAUCGCGUGGAACUCGUGGUAAAGUGAGAUUGGCGCAGCUGCCCUCCUUACGUGUACGACGACUUGCUAUCAGAGACACUCUUGGACUUGUUGUGGACAUUGGCGGAGUUGGUGGUGUCUUCUUUGGAGCAUCUCUUCUGAGUGUCAUUGAAUUCGUGUACCUUUUAUGCAUCCGUCAACACUAAAAUAAAAGCCUAGGUUUAUAAUGAACGAUUGAACAAUGUAACGUUUAUGAUUAUUGAACGAAAGGAAUUAAUUUAUGGUUAGUGGCGGAAAACAUCGAGUCUUCUUAACGAUAGAGCCCUAAAUUCGAUUUACGAUACCAUUUGAUUGUAACUUUAUACAGAAGUGAUUGGAAUGGUUUCCAUUUCGCUUCGACAAUUGGAUUUCGGACCAAUUUCUAUUGUUCAGGCUAAAAGUUUUCGAACCGCUAUUGUUUUUGAAUAACACAAGGUAACCGACCUAUUAAUUUUCUACUUUCACCAUUUCUG